GCUGGGCGCAAGAGGCUCUGCGCGGAGCAGCAGGAUUCAGCAGCGCCCACGAAUGAGCACGCGACCUUAGUCUUUGUCCCUUUCUAGACCCUACAGAGAGCUAGCGUGCUGGGAAAUCGCAAAAUCUUCUUACAGGCCCGCUCAUAAUUCAAACCCGCGCGGGGCGCGGGGUGGGCUUUCCGCGCCCGUGCGCUGCUCCGGCCGCAGCCGCUAGUGCGCAAUGGUUGCUGCAACGCAUCACGACAGCUUGCAGCGCGCCGUCCUGUCUGCAGCAGCCUGCCUUACGUUGCUGUUGGUGUUGCCCCUCACUUCGCCUUUUGGUGUCGGCGCUACCGCGGCGUCCUCUGUGGCGCAGCAGCAGCCCCAAUGCCAGCAGCAGGAGCGAUUUGAUUUUGAGGAGCAUACGCUGCAGGCUUUCGCAGCGCCAGCCGUGAGCACCCGCGCCGGCCCGGUCAGCCCAGCUGGUUCCGACCCUCCCGCGCCGUCCGAUUCGAAGCAGCCGCAGCCGCAUUCGCAUUCGCAUCUGCAUGCUGAGCAACAGCAGCACCACCACCAGCUGCGGCUGCGCGCGGCGGUAGCGGACCUGGUCGCGGCGUUCUCCGCGGCCGCUCAUGCCACACCCGCCGUGGCGGCAGCAGCAGCCCCCACCACGCACUCCAACAAUGAACAGGCGCUGUGGGUGCUGGCGGCGGCGCUUGCGAGCAUUGCGGUUCUGGCAGUACUCAUGCUGGCGGCAGUGACAGUGCUGGCGCUGGUGCUGCUGCUACGUGAGCGGCGUGGCACCAGCAGCGCUGGCGGGGGCGCCACGCCGGUCGCCACCACCUGUUUCACCGCCGCCGCUGAACGGAGGAAGCUGUUGCUCCGGCGGCGGGUGGCGGCGCGGCAGCAGCAGCGACUUGUGCAGCGGCCGCUGGAGGCACAGGAGCGGCAGCCGUCACCACCGCCGUCAAUGACUCCAGCAUCUGGCGUGCCCGGAGCCCCCGCAUCGCCAACUCUGCCCACCGCGCACGCCCUCGCCCCAGCAACCGCAGUCGCCGCUGCUGACGCUGCCCCAUCGGCUGCCGCGGCGGCGGCACUCGACGGCAUCGCCACCACUGCAUCCCCUGCACCCACCGCCGCCGCCAGCACCCUGCAGCCCGUGGAGGCGACGGCGCCGCAGCAGCUGCCCCUGCCGCCGCCCGCCGCCGCCCCGGCCGCCGCCCUGGCCCCUGCUGCCUCCUCCCCGACCAGCAGGGCGCCGGGUAUGCCUGUUAUGGCUCCAGGCCCCGCGACCCACAUCGCCUCCUCCUCUGCAGCCUCCCUUGCGGCCACGAACUCCUCAGCCACCGUCGGUUGGCAUCCACCACCAAUGACCACUGGCAGGGACCCCGCCGCCACCCCAGCCACCUGCGCCACUCCCGCCGCCUCCGCCACCCCCGCCGCCUUCGCUGCGGCUCACCGCCCUCCGCGGCGGCGCCGCAGCCUGACCAGUGCCGUCAUCAGCACCCUCAGCACCAUCAACAGCCUAAGCAACGCGACCAGCAUCAGCACCACGGCCGGCAGUAGCAGCAGCGCUGGCGCGCCGCCGCCUCAUCUGCUACUGCCGCCUCGCAUGGUGAGCGAGGGCGGCGCCGCCGUUUUCCGCACCCUCCGCCUUCUGGACCCUCCCUCUCCAGACAGGGCUCCACAACCCGCCGCCCCAGCGUCGCCCUCUGGCAGUAGCGGUGUUGCGGGCGGGCGGGAAGGUGGCGUGGCGGCGGCGGUGGUGGCGGCGGCGGUGGCGGCGGCGGCAGCGGCGGCGGUGGGAGCUGAGGCGCAAGCGCAAACGCACACGCACACGCCGCUGCAGCAGGAGCCCCAACGCCUGGUUGCGUUCGGCAGCGGAGCCGACGACUCGCCGGCCCCCGGGACUGCAGGUUUCCUCUCUGCGGCCACUGGCGCUGGCGACAACGCAGGUGUGGCCACCGGCAACGACUCGAGCGGCGAUGACAGCCGGUCAGCCCCCUCCCCGCAGCGCUCGCCGCUGCCUGACCCGUGGUGGACCGAGUCGCCCACUCGUGCGCAGCCCUCGCCGCUGCAACUGCAGCAGCCGUCCAUCGGACCGGAACGACCAUCAGCGGAGCAGCAGUUACAGCCGCAACCGCACCAGCAGCACCCCGCUCCAUCCGCGAAUGGCCGUUUCGUCUUCCGCGCGGCCUCUGAGGACGGCCGCCGUGCCUUCUCCUUCCUGCCGCCAGUAGGCGCCAGCACCGCGGUCCUGGGUCUCGCAUCCAGCCGUUGCUACGGCAGCCCCACGCCCGGUGGCGGCGGCGCCGCCUCCCACCCGCCCGCCAGCACCCCGCGCGGCAUGAGCGCGCGCAUCCCGCAGCACGUGCCGCAGUCGCAGCCGCCGCCGGCCCGACUGCACCCGCUGCCGCACCUGACGCUGAGCCGUUCCGAGUACCAAGUAGCCCAACUGCGGCAGCAGCAGUUGCAGCGGGUGCGCCAGGCGCGGCUGCUACAGCGCCUGGGCAGUAGCGGCCCCAUAAACUUCGGCGGCGCCGGCAGUAGCACUGGCGGCGGCGGCGCACUGGCGCUGCCGUCACUGACGUCAACACCGGCGGGAGCGGGAGCGGCUGCCUUCGCCAUGCCGCGAGCGCUGUCUUCAGCCGGCGGCGGCGCGGCUCUGCCCCUGGGACUGCCCAUGCCGGGCUCAGGGUCUGCUAGGUGUGUGGCGGCGGCACCGAUGUCGCGGCCUGCCGGUCCCACGCCUCGCCGCGCGCUCUUCCAAGCGGCGGUGGUGCCGGCGCCGGAGGCGGCCGGCGGCACCGGCACCGCGCUGCCGCUUCUGGCGCCCUCGCCCACACAGCCGCUUCAGCCGCUGGAGGGCGUGCGGCUGCUGCCGGCGCGGUCAGGCUCGGGGGGUGCCCUGGCCGCCGGCGGGGGCCACGUCAGCGGCAGCGGCAGCAGCGGCAACCACGGCGGCGGUGGCACCCAUGGUGGAGGUGGGGGUGGCGGCCUGCUGUGUGGUCUGCGGGGUUGCGGUGUGGCGCUGCUGCCGGGCCGCCAGCGGAGCGCCAUCCCGGCCACCAUACCCGAGGAAGUGGAGGACAGCGCCAGCGCCGUCACUGGGGCGGAGCUGUCAGGGGCGGAGCUGUCACCUAGCCCCUCCGCCAUCACCGCGCCCUACCGCAGCAGCCCCUGGUGCCCCGGCGCCCCCGCCUCCCCGCCGCACCCUCUGCUCCCCGCCUCCACCUCCUCCGGCGCGCCUGCUGCCUUGGACACCGCCGAGCUGCUACAGCCGGCGGAGCCUGUUCAGGAGCCCCAGCCAGAGCAGCAGUACGACGGCCCGUCCCACCAGGCGCCUGAUCAGGCUCAGGAGCUGCUGAGCAGCCACGACGACCUGUCCUCCGUCUUCAGCACCCAAGGCGCAUGGGCGGGCUGCAGUGGUGCCUACGCCACAGACGCCUCAACUGUCAUGCCGUCAGCUGCGUCGCCGGCUGCUGCGUCGGGCGGCGAGCGCGGCCGUGGUCAUGGUCAUGGUCAUGGUCAUGCGGCUCAUCCGGGUAGCAUGACGCUGCAGGAUGACCCGCACCGUCACUUUCAGCAGCAGGAGCAGCAGCAGGAGCAGGAGCUGCCCUGCCGCGGAUGGAGCGCGUUCGGUGACGUCUUCACAACCGCGGGCGCCAUGGCGGCUGGGCACGGCGGCGGCAGUGGCGCCCGUGGCGGCAGCAGCGGCCGCAACAACGGCGGCGCCAGCAGCGCGGCAGGUGGCGCCGCUUGCAACUCCGCCGCCGCCGUAGGCGCCGCCGCCGCCGCCGCUGCCGCCGCCGCCGCCGCCGCCGCCGCCGCCGCCGCCGACGACGACGACGACGACGAUGGCGGCGCUCAAGCGAUUGAGGAUGUUCACGGCGGCAGCCCGCCACCGCCGCCAACGGGCACCGCCGCUGGCAGCUGUUCCGAUGACUUCGUCAGCCCCUGGUCCAGUCAUGCAGCGCCGACGCUGCCGCCGGGAUUCUAUUACUCCGGCAGCGCCGUUGCCGGCGGAAGCCCGUACGCGGGCGCGCGUGGAGCAGGUGGUCACCCAGCAGGCACUGUCGACACGCUGCCGCACAACGCAACUGCCGCGGCGGCCGCCGCCGCCGCCGCAGCUACCCUGGCUGCAGACCCGUACUGCGCGCCCUUCUAUUCCGUCGCCUCCGCCUGUGGCCUGGACCCAUACGCGGUCGCGGAUGCCAUUGCUGCCGACGCCGACUAUGACGGCAAUACAUUUGGCGCCGGCGGCGACGGCAAUGCUGAUGACGAUGGUGGCGGCGGCGGCGGCGGGCCCCUGGACCUGCCGGUGCCGCCGCCAGCGCCGGUGCUGCGCAGCUGCACCACAAACGCCGACGCCUUCAGUCAGCAGCUUGCUGACGUGUUCCUGUCAGCUGCUGACGUGGGCGGUCUCGGAAGCCUGGCAGGCGGAUCCAUGAUCCUGGACCCAGAGGUGGAUCACGUGCUACCGCCGCUGCCGGAUCCAAUGGUGGCGGCGGCGCCCCCGCCACUGCCACUCGGCCUCUGCUAUGCUGGUGGCAUGGGUGUCAGUGGCUACGCCGAGGCAGCUGGCAUGUACGGCGGCACAGCGGCUGAUGGUUGCGAGUCACCGCCGCCCUACCUGCCGCUGCCCACGCCGCCGACGCUGCCGCGCCGCGCGCCGUCACUGGCUGAGUUUCCAGGCCUGCCGCCGCGCCGCGGUAGCAGCGUCGGCCGCUACCACCGGCGCACACCAGCAUCAGCAGCUGGCUCGCGCCGCCACUCCGGCGACCGCGGCAGCAGCAGUGCCGGCAGCGGCCAGCGCCACAGCAACGACGGCACCUACUACACAGGCGGCAGUAGCGUGGUCGUCAGUGGCGGUGGCGGCGGCGGCGGCGGCGGCGGCGGCGGCGGCGGCGGACUCAGCCGCUCCGGCUUCGGGGGCAGCAGCGGCUCACCCUCACGUGUGGCACGACAGCUGUUUCCACCCAAUGAGGUUCAACAGGCACUCCACGCCCCGCAUGCCGCUGCCACUGCCACUGCUGCAGCUGCUGGUCCGCACGGCGGCCACAUGGCCUUCAGCGGCAUCCUGGGCGGCGGCGCUGCUGCCGCUGCUCCGGCUGCUGCUGCUGUAGCCGAGCCUGGAGGCGGCAGUAGCACGCCCCGCCGCCGGAACUACAGCCCCGCCGCCGAGUCGGAUUCUGACGUGGAGCUGCUGCAACUCGCGCCCAGCCGCACAGCCUCGCCCACCGAGGCUGUAGCCCGCUCGGUGCUACGGUCACCCUCGCCGUUGCGCCCGCCGCCACCGUCGCAGCAGCGCCCCUCCGCCGCGCCGCACCCGUCGCCGCUGCCCUUCCGCCGGGCAUCUUCACCCGCCGCUGCGUCAGUUGUCUCCGUGAGUGCCACAGGCGACGGUGCCGCGAACACCUGCUUCACGUCUCCGCCCCCGGCAGCGCUGCCGCCGCGGAGCCCUUCCCGCCGCUCAUCUGAGGUUUUGCCGCCGCUGCCGCCUGUUGCCCCCAGUGGCCACGGCGGUGGCAGAACGCCACGCGGCAGCCGGCCGCUCCCGGCACUGGCAGCAGCAGCAGCGGCCGCUGCGCGGCUGCAGGCCAGCAGCAACAACGGCAGCGCACGGCGCCUGGUGAGCGGCGGCGCAGCCGUCGGCGGUGGUGGCAGUAUCAGUGACGGUAGCGGCAGCGGCAGUGACGGCGGCCACCGCGGUGGCUGCGGCGGUGGCGGUGGCGGCAGUGGAAGCGCCUACCUCCGCCGCAGUGGCUCCUUCUUGGGUGGUCAGGCGAGCCAGCGGCAGCGUCUGUCUACGAGCGCGCCCGCCGGAACUUCGCCCGCCGCAGCCGCAACAGCGGCGCCUGCAGCAAUCGGCGCACCCGCCACCGGGGCCGCUGGCACAUCCAUCAUCGCACACAUUGGCUACUGCCUGUAUGCACCUCCGGCGGAGUCGGAGCAGCAGCAUCACCAGCGGCAUUCGCGGACGAUACGGCGUCUACCGUGGGAUUUGCCGCUGCUCCCACCCGCCCCGCCGCAGUCUCCCACAUCCCCACAGCGCCAGCAGCAUCAGCAUCAGCAUCAGCACCAUCACCAGUGUCAGCCGCAGCUCACGGACAAUGGCACGUCAGCUGGAACCGGCAGUCCAGGCAGCUCUCCGCGCAGCCCCCACGGCCCCCACAGCCCGCAUGAGGGGGAUCACCAGCUCUGCCUGUCGGACCUGCAAGCCACUGCCGCGCUGCCAGCGGCGCUGCUCGCCGCGCCCGACCACAACACCGCCGCCCGCUCCGACCUGACCCGCUUCGGCCUGUCGCCCUCCGCCGCGGCCGCCAGUAGCACCGCUGCGGGCGCUGCGGUGGGGGUGCCCCUGCUGCCCAGCAGCAGGUCCGUCAUCGCAGGGGCAGCAGUACCGCCGCCGCCUCGGUCUGCGUCGCUGUCGCUGCCGCUGUCGCCGUCGCUUAUUAGCCUGCCUGGCCACCUAGGGCUGCAACGCACAACUUCCAGCAGCUCCAGCAGCAGCGUCACGGGCGUGGCGGCGUCCACCAGCAACGCCUCCGCCACCCAAGGCCGCAUGCCCCGCCGAAACAGCACCGCUAGCGGCACCAGCCGCGGCUCACUCCUGGGCAAGGGCCACGGCAGCAGCAAGCUCCGCCGCAAGCUUGGCUCGCCUUCCAUGUCAGGGUCCGGAGGCGUGAAGGAGCGGGUGCCUUCCUCAUCAGGAGGCAAGGGCUCGCCUCGCAAGGCUGCUGCUGCGCCUGCCACCUCCACCAACACCACAACAACCGCCGGGUCUGCUGCUACAACCGGUGGUGGCGCGUCGGUGGCGGCAGCAGCAGCUGUGACGUGGCCGCACAGGCGGCACAGCCGACUGAUCCCGCACCUGACUGCCGUGCUACGCCCGCAGCCGCAUGUGCAGCACUACCCAUCACCACCAGCGGCGGCGGCGCAGCCGCCGCACGCUGACGGCUCAGAGGUGGCUGCUGCGCCCGGAUCCGGUGCUGCAGCUGUGCAGUCAUCAGUGGCGGUGGCGACAGCACAGCCCGCACCGCCGCCAUCAGUGCUGUACCGGUCGCACACCCGCACCCGCUACUUCAGUGUCAAGGUGCACGAUCACUCGGCCGGCGCCCGCGCCGCCGCGCCUCGCCUCGCCGCCGCCGCGCUGCGAGCCCUAGUGCAGCCCCACCUGCACCGCCACCCGCCACCUACGGCGCUCCGCGAGGCACCUGCUCCCGCCGCCACUGCCGCUGCUGACGGCCCCACAAGCCCUGCCACCCCUCCGCCAGCAGUGACGGCUGCGGGCCGCUCCAGCAGCCCUCAGCACAGCGCUCGGCUGGUUUUGAACCGGCGGAUGACCAGCAGCAGGGCAAUGGCGGCGGCGGCGGUGGCGGCGGCGGCAGCGGCUGAUCCAGUGAUGCCGCCGCAUCUGCAGUCCGGCACAAGAACGGCCCCUCCCAUUAGCAGCCGGCAGCCGGUGGCUGUGGCUGCUCUGAGGGGUAUGCAGCAGCCACGACACAACGCAGACAGCGGCGAAGGUGGCAGCAUUAGCAGCAGUGGCGGCCGUGGUGUGGUGCUGGCGUCCGCGCACCUCGCCACCGGCCCGGUCGCGGCCUCAGUGCUGGUGCUGCCGGGCUGUCUGCAGGUGCUGGCCUGGCGGCGCCACGUCAUGCCAUCGCCACCGACUGCGAGGACAGCACCGGCAGCGCCGGCAGCACCCGCGGCGGCGGCUGGUGGGGGCCGUACUGUGCCCGUCAGUCAGAAUGACUCCGGCGACGAUCGCCCGCAGCAGCAGCAGGAUGCUGACGAGGAGGAGCUAGCUAGCGGGCUUUUGGCCUCACUGAAGGCAGCACUCUCAACGGCCGCGAUCAGCAGUAGCAGCAGUGACACGCCUGCUUUUGCCGCGUUUGCGGCCGGCGCUGGCGCUGGUGUGGCCGGGGUCGCGGGCGCGGCCGACGGUACGAGUGACGUGGAUGCGGCGGAGGCAGCAGCUGCAUACUCCACACUUACCAAGCUGGUGGUGCACGACUGCAGUCUAGGUCGAGUGAGCGUGCACCGGCUACAGCCACCGCACCAGCUACAGCCGCUCCAACCGCCGCUUGUAGCACAGCCGUCCACCGCUUCCUCCUCCCCUUCGCUGCUGUCCUGGUGCUCGGAGGCGGCGGCCGUGUCUACGGCGGCGGCAGGAGCCGUCGGCGGCGGCCACGAAACAACUGCAGCAGUCGGCCCGGCGGUCGUGUUGCCUGAGGCCCUGCCGCACAUUCCACACGCGCUGUACGAGCAGCAGCAGUGGCAGACCGACGCGCCAGAUGGUUGUGGCUUCGCGUGGGUGGAGCCGGCGUGCUGGGCUGCUGGCGAGCCUGCAGAUCUGGUACUGCAACUGGGCAUGGAGGCAUUGGCGCCGCUGGUGGAGGCGGUGGUGCCUGACCGUGCCGGCAGUGACGGCAGCGGCGGCGGCUAUGGCGCCGGCGGCGCCGGCAGUACCGUCCGUGUACGCGUGGUGGCGACCGCCAACGCGCCGGAUGUACUUGCCACGCCCUCUGCGGCGGCGAUAGCUAAUUUGCAACAGCGGGAGGCGGCGGCGGUGGUGGUGGUGGCGGACGAAGAGGUGGAGGUGGCGAUGAGCGAUGGAUGCGCCAGGCUGCACGUGCCUGCCUCAGCUACCGCUUCUUGCGCCGCCGGCGGUGCCAUGCAAGUCUUUGCGCUCACUGCUUCUGGCGCCACCGCACCAGGCCAUUCCGCUGCUGGCAGCGAUGGCUUUAGUGCGGCCGCUGCCGCGACGGCGUGCGAGGCCGGGUUGCUGCUGGGCCGCGCCACCCUGUGGCUCGCUCCCGCUGCUGCUGCGGCGAACGCCGCCGACGCCAUCUCCUCCUCCUCCGGUCAGCUGGCGGCUGAGCUGGCGGGGCUGCAGCAGCGCUCCACCCAGUGCCUGCUGGCAGCCGAUGCAGCGGCUGCGUGCGGCGCAGCCGCGGACGCCGCUGCUGCCGGUUCCGACGCUGACGGCGCCGCAGCCAGCAGCAGAAGUGCCGCCGGUAGCGCCGCCGCGCGGUGCCGCGCAUGGCAGGGCCACGUGCAGCCGCUGCUGUCAGACCUGGACUUCGUGUCCGCAGUCAUGAGUCACUGGCAGCAGCAGCAGCCGCAGCGGGUGCGGGAGCCGGAGUGGGAGCCACUGCAGCGGCACGAGCAGGUGGAGGUGGAGGUGGGGAAGGAGGAGGAGGAGGUGCAGGUAUUCCGGGAGGCGGUGGAGGUGGCGGCGGAUCUGGUGGCGUUUGCAGACGCCCAGGGCUGUGACGCGCUGGCGGCGUUGGUGCGCGGCAUGGUGUCUGCGGCAGUGGCGGCAGCCGGCCAGGCCGCCGCCGCCGCCGUCGUGCCCGCCAGCCGCCGCAAUAGCCAUGGCCAUGACCAGCUAACGCAGCUGCCUGGUGGACCGGUCAUAACUACAGAAGCAGCAGCAGCAGCGUCCGCUGCUGGCUUUGCACAAGCGCCGCCGCUGCCGCAACUACAGCAGCAACCUCCCGCUGCCAUGCCGCCGCCGCUGGCAGCGCUGCUGCUGGCGCCGCAGCACCCCAAGUCUCUAUCGGUGGCGGCUGUUACCGGCAGCCUGCUUGCAGAGGUGGUGGCGGCGACGGCCGCUGCGGCGGCGCUGGAUGUGCGCGCGGCGCACGCGUGUGCCACAGCUGCUGUCGAGUGGGCGCCCUCGCUGCCGGCGCCGCGCGCCACGGCGUCGUUGAACGACGUGACGCCGCCGGUGCCUUGCUUCUUCCUACAGCCGGAUGGUGUUGGCAGUGGCGGCGGAAAUAGCAGUGGAGACAGUGGCCGCCGCAGCGGAGGCGAGGCUGCUGGCGGUGGCGGCGGUGGAGGUGUGCUGUCUGGGGGAUGCUGUCGCCACGUGUUUCUUGAGGAUUGCUGAUCCCGCCACUCGGCCCGCAAAGCAAAGAAAACAAGUAUCACUGGUUUUCAUACUAGGCAUUGGAAUGGCGGAGGUACGAACGAUGUACCACGCGUCCGUACGUACGCAGGUACGCGUGUCCGUGGCAGCCAGGUAGCUAGGCGUUCAUGUUCGGGGAUUGCCUUUGAACGGCUAUGGGAGCACGCAUGUAUGAUGCUGCCUGUCCGAAACGGGGAGGUCUGGCAUGCAUUCAUGGGGACGGGGUACCUAUGAAUCGAUGCAAGUGCGUCGACGGCCAAAUGAUGCGCACUGACAAGGGGCAGUGACCACAACUUGUGUGGCGUCAGUGGGCGUGUGGAGAAAGGAUCACGAGAAAGGGUGUUUAUGGAUCAUUACAAUGAUGGUGGUGGAGAGGUGCACUGGCCGGGGCCAUUGGACAGGCAGCCCAAGCGUGUCGGGUUUGGUUCCGGCGCCGAUCCAUGGAUGGCCGCCAUAUUGGAUGAGGCUGGGAGGAAUCACCAGAAGUGAUAUAUGAUGCCUGAAGAUUGGGGAUGGAAUGUGGUGGCUGAGAUGUGUUUGCACACAAUCGAAACGGAACACAAUCAGUUUGGCAAGACAUAGCCCGCUCCGACACGACGGCGCGUUACCCAAAUCGGCAAUACAUGUGUAGCCCAGCGCCCCAGCCCAGUGAGGUAGGCUGUAGUGCAGCUGCGUUUGAUCAACUCCUGGACGAGAUCCUGCGGAUCAGAAGAGUUCACAAUUAUGUGAGUCCCUGAGGUGGCUGGAUGUUGCUGAUGAAGGGAGCGGUUACAUCUGGAGCCAGUGGUGGUGGCAGUGGGGCUGGUUGAGCUGGAGGUGUAGGCGGGCAACUUGUGCGUCAUGAUGUGUGAGCACAUCAACGGACGCAUCCACGUCAGGUUCUGACUCUGAACGUGAACCUGACUCUGAACCUGACUCUGAACCCGACUCUGAACCUGUGGGCUUUGUUUUCGUCGGCCUCCCGACAUACCAGUAAUCGUCACGCGUUUGGGUGUAUUCGGGUAGCUUGUCCAUUUGCGUUGGCCCAAAGUGCAGAUGUAGGUCAGAACUAUGAUCCAUCAGGGUCAGAGUGCAGGGUCAGAGUUUAGGUUUGGGGUCGGCACCCGCGAGUGUGGGCGGCAUCACGUGCGAGGAUGCGGGCGGCCCGACGGCGCCAACGAACGCUGCGCGCGCUGUGCACGUUCAACAUACGGUACAUGAGAUGAAUAGUAGGGUAGUGCAUACGGUAAUAAGGAGUGAGCGGCGCUGGCAUGGUGGAGGUUUGAAGUGCUUCUUGCGGCAGGAUGUGGUGGGAUGCAGCCGCCCCAGAAUAACGUACGCAUGCAAGGAGCCUUGACUUAUUAGCCUUACAGGCUAGUAGCUGGGUACGUUACUAUGCUGAUGAAGUUGGAUGUUUAGUGCAAGCCUGCCCGCCUGCAAGCGGCAUUGCUGGCUGGCGGGACUGUCGCACUUGCGUUGCGGCGAUAGGCGCGCGUGGAAGGGCCGCCGUGCAUUGCGGCAGAUUGCAUUGGUUACAAGAGGGACCUGCUGACGCAGUUCACGAGCCAGUGACGUGGAGAACGAACACCCUGCUCUGGACCCCAGGGGCGUGCCGCCUGCAGCGCCGUCGGCCUACUGCGGCAGUGCAGUACGGUAUGCAUGUAGGAUAAGACAUUUACAGCAGCGGCAAAUAUGGUUGGCAUGCCGUACCCGGUAGCAGGGAGCUCAGUAAGGAUGCAAGCAUUGAUUUCUUUGACAGCACGCAGGCUACAUGCAUUGCCAGGAUGUAUGGCGAAGGCCACGUCAGGGGAACCCUGGGCCACGUCGAAUAGCAAGCCAGUCAAGGUAGCCUCGCGAUCAAUUGGAACUCGAGUUCAAGUUGACGGGUUGGGGGCCAGGUUGGGGGUGUGAUGCUGGCGAGCAGCAGGCAGCUGGUACCCUAGGGAGUUAGGCUUGCUUAGCUUUGCGUGCACGCACAUCCACCAAAACAUGUCUUGCUCCAUACGAACCAGUAAAGUCGGGGUUGGGCCCUGAUAGCAUGUGAUGGCUCGGCGUCUUCGGGAGCUGGGACUGUCCCCUCUGUAACAUCCGCAUCCA